UGUUGCAGGGGUAGGCUCGUUGUGGGUUUUAGAUAUAAAAACUCGUAAACCCCAACUACUUCGUCAUCUCCACCGCCUUGCCGCCACAGCCAUUGACCCUCCGAAGCUGCUGCAUUUCUCGACGGUUCUUUCUCAAGCCUUUGCUUCCACUGCUCACUGUCACUUCUACUGCUGAGUCCCACCUUUGUAGGGAAAAGAGGAUAGGUGAAUGAGAAGUGCGCCAGCCGUUUAUAUAGCUUGAGAGUGCCCAAUCAAUAUACUUGACCGAACAACUAAGAUGGGUCAUAUAGGUACUCUGCAAAACAAUUUUCUCAGCUUCCAUUCUUUGAAUGGUCUGCUUGGUUGUAACAAAGAAGAGAGCUGUAUUUUUGGGGCUAAUUCUGCUCCGGAUCACAGUUCAAGGAAAGAACCGCCUACCCUACACCGACUCUACUUUGGUGAUUACUUUUGUUCAACUAAAUAUCAUUUUCCUUGGAAAGGAUUGCGGUGUAAAAGUUUUCACGGAAGUGUUUUAAUUGAUAGAGUUGUUGAAGUUGAAAAUGGAGGUCGUGGCUUUGGAAGCGAUUAUGUUGGUGUAAGGAGAAAUUCCGGGGAUUUAAAGGAUUCGGACAAUGCUAGAAACUCUACGAGUCUGUCACCUGAGGAGGCACCAUUCGUUGAAAAUGAUGAAACGACCAACAAUAAAAUUCUUCAGAGGCUCUGCAGUUUGGGAAAGUUAACAGUGGCGGCUAGGUUGAUUGAUAUCAUGGCUCGGAAAAGUCAAAUACCGCAUUUCCCUUCUUGCACCAAUUUGAUCCGAGGUUUUAUUAGAAAAGGUGUUGUAGGUGAAGCUUGCAAAAUAAUGAACAAAAUGGUCAUGUCUGGUGGCAUUCCUGACACAAUUACAUACAACAUGGUUAUUAGUGGCCUGUGUAAAAAAGGUCAUUUAAGAUCUGCCCUUGAUCUAGUAGAAGAUAUGAGCCUGAGUGGUUGCUCCCCAGAUGCAGUUACUUAUAAUACAGUAAUUCGCUGCCUAUUUGAUAAGGGGGAUUAUCAUCAGGCAGUUAGUUUCUGGAGAGACCAAUUGAGAAAAGGCUGCCCUCCUUAUCUGAUUACUUAUUCAGUGCUUAUUGAGCUGGUUUGCAGAUAUUGUGGGGCUGCUCACGCCCUAGAAGUACUGGAAGAUCUGGCAAUGGAAGGCUGUUAUCCUGAUAUCAUUACAUAUAACUCUCUUGUAAAUUUGACUUCUAAACAAGGGAAAUACAAGGAUACAUCUUUGGUUAUAUCAAAUCUUCUAUCCCAUGGAAUGCAGCCCAAUGUUGUGACAUACAAUACCCUUAUCCACUCUCUUAUUAACCAUCGAUAUUGGGAUGAAGUUGACGAUGUUGUGAGGAUUAUGCACGAGACUUCCUGUCCUCCUACACAAGUUACAUACAAUAUCCUUCUAAAUGGCUUUUGUAAAUCUGGACUUUUGGAUCGUGCCUUAAGCCUCUACAGCACAAUGGUUAGUAAGAACUGUUCGCCAGACAUUAUAACAUACAAUACUCUUCUGAGUGGUAUAUGUAAGGAGGGGUUUAUAGAUGAGGGCAGCCAGUUACUUAACCUAUUGGCAGGUACUAGCUGUUCUCCUGGAUUAGUCACCUAUAAUAUUUUAAUUGAUGGGUUGGCUAGAUUGGGUUUCAUGGAGUCAGCAAAAAAAUUCUAUGAUGAAAUGGUGGAAAACGGAAUCAUUCCUGAUGAAAUUACUCACAGUAGUUUGACUUGGGGGUUUUGUGGGGCAGAUCAAUUCGAAGAAGCUACGGAGCUGCUAAAGGAAAUGCGUGAGAAAGAACAACGGAUUAAAAGUACUGCAUAUAAAUGUGUAAUCCUUGGAUUAUGCAGGCAAAAGAAGGUUGAGAUUGCAAUUCAAGUGCUAGAUUUGAUGGUGAAAAGUCAAUGCAAUCCAGAUAAGAGGAUAUAUUCUGCUUUAAUCAAAGCUGUCGCUGAUGGGGGAAUGCAAAGGGAGGCUAAUGAUUUGCAUCAGACGUUGAUCAAAUGGAAUAUUCUGAAAGAAGAAAUCAUUUUGGAUUAGUUGAAGUUUGUGUAUAAAGAUAGGCACAAUUUCACACUUCAGGUCACGUACAGAUUAUACGUUCUCUCAGGAAAACAUGUUGGGAAGUUUUGACGGAUAGUUGCGUGGGGCUGCAAGAUCCGACGGUAUUGGCUAAUACUGUCUCUCAGCAUGAACUAGAAUUUCGGUAGUUGUGGUUGACAAGAACAUGUGCUGGUGUUAAGUUAUUUUUGAAGUCAAUCCAAUCUUCAAGUUUUGUCCAUGUGUUAAUUUUGGUAGUUUUAAUUUCGUUCCGUUGACUUGUAUAAUACAAUCUAAAGAGCAAUUUCCCAUUUCAAUAACAUUAAGAUAGCAUGUAGUAAUCAUGGGUGUUUUUGAUUUUUUGGAGUUAUCUAUGUCAAACAUCUUUUGUA